UAUGGCCGCCACACUUUUCACCUCUUUGUUAUACAAAAUUUGACAGCAUCUCAGAGAUGUUUCACGUAUUACGCGCGCGAAACGAGAUGGUUGGUGACAGUUGUUUGCUGAAAUGCCAUGUGAACGUAUUGGGGCGCCUGAGGAAAAUAAAACGUCAAAAGGAACCUUAAAAACGUUCGAUUUGCCAGUACAAGCUGGCCCUGUUUCUAACCUCUGUUAACUGGUUUCACAGACCCUUUUCGUGCUUGUUCUGCACGUGCAGUGAACGUUUAAUGCAAAAACAAAGUGUGAAUACAUCAAGUACAUUGUUGUAACAGUGUUUGUCCAUGACAAUUGGUGUACAGUAUUUUACAAAGGAAAAAUGUCUAAAAGAUACAUCAAAUUGCCAAAUAUUGCAUCUACUUCCAAACGGGCAAAGCUGGAAAUAACUAGAGGAAGUGUACAGCAUGCUACAACCGAGAGGCAGACAAACAACGAAGCUUCCGUGUUCAAUGAUCUUUGGGGCGAAGAUUUUGAGGAGGAUGUGAUAGAAGAAAUAGAUUUUAUCGCUUCUCAAUAUUUGGAAAGCGAUCAAAAAUCUUCAAAUGAAACAUUAAAACAUAUCGAUCCUGCUCCGGGUCCUAGUAACCCAAUACCUUCGACCAGUUCUUAUAAAGGACCUGAUCCUGUAACGAAUUUUCAACCGAUGAGGCAGUUGGAUUCUAAUAGUUAUGAUAGACCUUUUCAAAAUAAUGUUAAACAUAUGUUCUCUGAAAACCAAAGGAAGCAAAAUGUCCAACAAUGCAUACCGGUACAACAUUCCCAAAAACUUGCCUCCUCCGAAAUGACGAAAACUUUUCAGGCAGACAGUUUAGGCGUAUUUGAUGAUUUUAAAUCAAAUUUAUUGGAUAAAGUUGAUCGAAAUUCAACAUUCUGUCCUCGGGAUGAUGUCAUCGUUAUUACAAAUGAUGUUCCAUCGCAGUCUUUAAAAAAGUUGGACCAGCAGUACAAAAAAUUAUUGGAAGACUUUAUAACUAAACAAGGAGAAACAGACUUUCUUCGUAAACAGCUGCAACAAUUAAAGAUACGUUUAGAUACUGCCAACAUGGAAAAUGUUCGUCUCAUCGAAGAACAGACUGCUCGUCACAAGGCAGAACUUAACGCUGUGCAUAAAGAGCAGGAGAAAUUGAAAACGCAACUUGAUUUUCAGACGUUGCAAUUGAGUGGCUUGAUGGAAAAAUGUAAAUUGUUGGAAUCAGGGUCCGUCAAACUCACAGAACCGCAUGCAAUUAACAAGGAAUCCGUACUAACAAGUACACUUAACACGUCCAUUAGUCGUUCCACCAAUAAGGAAAAAUCUAUCAAAGUUUGUGAAAUCAGCGUACAAACUGACAGAGAUAAGAAAACCAAAAUAGCAAGACCAACUCAGUAUCCCAUUAAAAGAAUGCCACGAUCUAUUUUUAAGCCAUCGCUACCUGAAAAAUUUCUGAUCGACCUCGAAAUCAAUGCGAAACAUGGUAAAAAAUAUCUACCAAUAUUACAGGAUGAGGACGAGUUUAGAAUAUUCGAGAAUCCACAACUGGUGAGCCCGAAAACAACUCUGGUAGACAGUAAGAUAUUGAACGUAGAGUUUGUUGUACCUGAAAUUGCUGGAAUGAUCGACAAAUCGUUGGAAGAAUGCAACGCAGUUGACGUAUCUCCUGCAAUUAAUAAAUUAUUGUUGACUGCCAAGGAAUUAUUGUUAAACACGACGGAGGUGUUACAGAGGAUCUCUCACGCGAUGCAGGACGACGAUAUCAAGGAUAUGGACGAUGUAUAUUUUUCCGAUUUUUACGAGACCCAGUUCGAUUAUACGCAAACUGUCUGCGAUCCUGAAGCUUGGUACGAAGAAGAACGAGGUGUCGAGGCUCGGAGAAUAGUCGGAGUUCUGUCGUAUAUUGCGACAGCUUCCUCGGAUCUCAAUAAGUACAUUGCAGGAAAGGCUACGCUGUUAACGGACAGUGAUCCGAAAUACAAUCAUUAUGCCGAACAAAUGACCAGUUACAAAGCGUGGCAUAAAAGGGGGUGCCAGUUUGAAAUGCUAGAGCUGUUUUUGGAAUUCAUGACUGCGGUUGGAUUCGUGAGAAGAUCUCAUCAAUUCAGUGGCCUUAUAUGUGCGAUUCUCAAUGUCUUACGCAAUGUACAGAAAAGAUUAGGAUUCUGCAGCAAUGGGUUGAAAUAUGUCUCCGAUAUCUUCAAAGAGGCAGUAUUCUCGAGGCCAUUAUCGUUGUGUCAAGUCAAUUUAGUUAAAACAAUGGCGACAUUCAGCAGAUGCAAUGAAUUCGCUCAGAAGCUUUGUAACAACGCGAAAUCAUCGGCAGUGAGAAUUCGACAGGACGUACCGCAUUUUACAAACAAUUCCUGCCCCUUGGAAAUCUUCAUUGCACACGUACAACACUUUGAACUGGAUCCUAUUACAUUGGUAAAAUUUGGAAGGGUAAUCUUGCGAUUUGCACACCGUGCUUUGAGUACUGACACGGUGCCACAAAAUAUGGAUACGUCACAUUCAUGCAAUUGUUUCAAGAAGCUGCUAAAACUUGCUGUGACGACUUUAUGUAAAUGCUCGAAUGUUGACUUCAAUAUUUUAGAUAAAUGUCAUAUAGAAAAAUUCACUACUGAUGAGGAUGUGAAAACCGUAUUUGGAAAUCAUCGUCUGAGUGCCCAGAACCGAUCCAACGAUGUGUGGAUUCAUAAUAAAGUAGUAGCAUGUAAAAAUUGGGCAAAGCUCGAUGACAGUUUUCGGCAGAGAGUGAAAAGGAAGCGAUUGGAAGUUGUAAGAGAAGGAAUAAUGUUUUUAUGUUACCUUUCUACCCGCGAUCCGGAUUUCUUAUCAAGGGUGCCCGAUAUAGAGGAUUCGUAUAAUUUAUUUAUGCAAAAUAUUGAUGAGAUGAGUGAUCUGAAUUUACCCGAACGUGAACGGGAGGCCUUGAACCUAGUAAAAUCUACAUUUGUUUUCGAAAGGGCAGUCUCGUCUGAGAAUCGGUCAGUUAAAAGACCGCGGAGGUGUAAAAUGGAAAAGAUACAAUCCCCCGUGGCACCUAAAGCGAAGACUUACAAUGUUAAUAGUGUUAGUAAAUUAAGCCGACGAACUUUUAUUACUUUCAAAUUAGCCUUUGGCGAGUAGAAUUCAAGAAUUAAGCAACUGAUUAAUAUUCGUGAAAUCGCAACAAAUAAAUUUCUUUAAACAAAGUUCAUCACUGUUUACGAUGAAGUUUUUGCUGUAUGUCAAAUGAAAUGUACAUACUGUACUAUACCGGAGGAAAGUAAAGCAUAAGAACCUUAA